CUGCUGCCUGAACGUGACAAUUAACACACAUGCACACGCACUCGGGGUGACUGCUCAUCAGGCGCAGGUGCGUGGACUUGCUCCCCACGCAGCUUGAUGACGGGACAUUGGCGCCUUCGGAGGCACACCGCCAAACUACAAGGAGCAGAGAGGAUCUAGCAGCGGAUGAUAUCGGCUUUUUUUCUUUUUCUUUUUUCUUUUACCCCCCCACCACCACCCCGCUGCCCGCCCCCUCUUCUCGCCGGGACAACAUGCAGGUUGGACUGGAUGUGGAUCCUCCAUCGCUGCGUUGAAUUUCUAGCAGCGGCGGCGAUCGGCAUCGACAUGAGGACAUCAUCCCGGCUGUGUUGCGUUUGAAACGUAAGGGGAAGAAAAAAGAAGGGGGGGGGUGCAGUUUCUUCAGCUGUCAAGGACGCUACAAAAAAAAAAUUAAAAAAAAUAAAAAUCGGGAGAUAAAAGUGGAAGCGGCAUGGAGCAGGACGACACCGCGAACGCGUCCAAGAAGAGCAUCAUGGCGACAAUCUUUAAAGUUCGCAAGAGGAGGGAGAUGCUUUUUGUGCAGGUGUGCUUCAUCUGCAGUGUCCUCUUCGUGGCGUGGACCAUGUCGGCGCUCUUGACUAAAACAGGCUACGGCAUGAUCGUGGAGGACCGUCCCGACGUGGAGCGCUGGGGCAGGCGGCUAAUGGCCUCAGCGGCCGAAAAUGACACCGAACCCAAGAACUGUUCGGAACCAGCAAUACGCGAGUUCCCCGUUGACCUUUUCAGCAACAACGAGCGGAAGAGCGGCGCCGUCCUGCUCCACAUCGCGGCGGCCCUCUACAUGUUCCUGGCCCUCGCUAUCACAUGUGACGAGUACUUUGUCACGUCACUGGAGAAAAUCUGUGAGAAACUUCACCUCAGUGAAGACGUCGCCGGCGCCACCUUCAUGGCAGCUGGCAGCUCUGCGCCCGAGCUUUUUGCCUCGGUCAUCGGUGUCUUCAUCACCCAUGGAGACGUGGGGGUGGGGACCAUUGUUGGCUCAGCCGUCUUCAACAUCCUGUGCAUCAUUGGAGUCUGUGGGAUCUUUGCAGGACAGGUGGUCAUGUUAACUUGGUGGGCAGUUUUCCGAGAUUCCUUCUACUACAUCCUGUCCGUCAUCGCUCUUAUUGCAUUCAUCUACGACGAGAAGAUUGUGUGGUGGGAGAGUUUAGUCCUGGUGGUCAUGUAUGCGGGGUACAUCCUGAUCAUGAAGUUCAACUCCAGCAUGCAGUCGUUCUUCAUGGGCAGCUCCAAGAAGAACGUGGCCAACGGCAACGCGGCGGCCAGCAGUGAGAUGGAGGACGUGAAGCCCACCAAGGCUUACACCCGCGGCUCUGUGGUGAUGGUGGACGAGAUCAUGAACGCCAGCCCUUCCAAGUUCCGCUUUCCCGAAGCGGGCCUGCGCGUCAUGGUGACCAGCCACUUCGGACCCAAGACCCGCCUGCGCAUGGCGAGCCGCCUCAUCAUCACAGAGCGCCAGAAGUUGGUGCAGGCGUCCAACGGCGUGGAGACGCAAGUGAUCGACGGGAAGGCCGAGAUCGAGAACGGGAACGUGCCGGAGGACAAACCCACUGAGGACGAGGAAAGCGGCAUCUCCCCGUUUCGUAUUCCCAAGGGAGUCGGCAACAAGUUCAAGUGGUUGAUCGCAUGGCCUUUGCUGCUUUUGUUGUUCCUCACCGUCCCAAACUGUGGCAAACCACGCUGGGAAAGAUUCUUCAUGCUCUCCUUCAUCCUCUCCACCGUCUGGAUCGCCGUCUUCUCCUACUUUAUGGUCUGGAUGGUGACUAUAAUUGGCUACACUCUGGGCAUCCCUGACGUCAUCAUGGGCAUCACCUUCCUGGCAGCGGGCACCAGCGUGCCGGACUGCAUCGCCAGCCUCAUCGUGGCUCGCCAAGGUCUGGGAGACAUGGCCGUGUCCAACACUAUUGGGAGUAACGUCUUUGACAUCCUGGUCGGACUCGGGGUCCCCUGGGCUAUUCAAACCAUGUGUGUGGACUACGGAUCCGAGGUGAUGAUCAACAGUCGGGGACUUUUGUAUUCAGUGGUGCUUCUGCUGGGCUCUGUGGCCCUCACAGUUCUCGGGAUUCACCUGAACAAGUGGAGGCUGGACCCCAAGCUGGGCAUCUACGCCUUGCUUCUGUACGCCGUCUUCCUCUGCUUCUCGGUCAUGAUCGAGUACAACGUCUUCACCUUCGUCAACCUGCCCAUGUGCUUCGAGGACUAACGCAGCCAGGACACCCCCCACCCCCCGAAAAAAGCUCCCAAACUCCUCCUCCUCGGACCUAUCUCUCUCCCCUCGUAUUGUUCAGUCCCACGUUUGUCCACCGGGUGGCACACUUGAGCCGUGUCCCCUGGCUACGGACCGACGGCAGGGGGCGGACCUUCAUGCUGGUUCGGGGCCUUGCCUGUUCCUGCGGGUUUUUUUUGUCCAAAUCUUUCCACUUCGCAUGUCUCCAGACCCGUCUUUUCGCGUCACACCACGGAAGAAUCCUCAAAAAGGUUUACCGAGAACUCCAGGACCCAAAGAGACAAGCACACUUUAUUUUUCUUUAAGACCCCCCCUGGAGGCGGGCCUUGUCUUUGGCAGCUCCAGCAUGGACUUCACUGUCCUGGCAUGACCUGUGACGCCAGGAAUUAAGACACUCUCCGACUCUUAAAUCACCUGCAACUUUUGUUUUCUCACCUUUUUUUUUUGAUUGCAAAAAAAACCAAACUUGAAGCUCGUUUUUUUUCAUAGAUACGAGCGACCACAGGGGGGCGCUGUCGUCAUUCAGCCAUGGCUUCUGUUGCACUUUUCCAUGCAGAGGCGGAGCUUGACUGUCUGCUAUUGCGUCCUACGGCCAGCAGAGGGUGCCAAACCCAGCAUUAGUCAGUCAUCAGGGACAGCACCAGGGGGCGCUACGGUCUUGAAUUUGCGGUGGUAUGUAGAUACUGCACUUUAACACUCAUUCUCAAUCAACUAGUGCUUCCUUCUCUGAGUGUGUGUGUUGUCAGAGUGUGUGUGUGUGUGUGUGUGUGUGGCCCCACGCUUGUUGAAUCUAUACCAUGAGCACACCCGCCUCUUGUCUGCAGUGCAUGCUGGGACGUUAAAUGCAGUACCGCCCCCACCCACCCCAAACUUUCGAAGCACAGCAAAGGAAAAAAAAUAAAAAUGCUGAUUGCUCCCGGUGCAUCUCUAGUUUUACACAGACACACACACACACACACACACAAAACAAACAAAAAUGGAAUAAAUCGGCAGCUACACAAUAAUUUGUUGCUAAAAUGCGAGAAAAGGAGCCGAGGUCUGGUGGGUGUGGGGGCGUGAAUAUUUGAAUUUAUGCAAUUUAUGCAAUCUUAAUGUAACGUGUGUGCGCGAGAGAGAGAGUGACACGAGAGGCCCUGCCAGGUCGCCAUGACGAUGUUGUCCCGUCCAGUACUACUGUGUGAGCUCACAGGUUGUUGUUUUUGUUUGUUUGUUUUUGUUUUUGUUUUUGUGAUUGCUGUUGAACUGAGCCAAAGGUGGGACUUUUCUGGAAAAACAUGGCCUCGCAGGAAGUCUUUUUUUUUUUUUUUUGCAUCCGAAAGCUGGAGUUUCUCUAUGAUUUUUUUUUGGGGGGGGAAGGGGGACUCUGUCACUUUAAGAGAGGGGCCUGCAUGAGAGCACUUAAGGACAAACAAAGUUGGACCCCCUUAAGAUGCUCCUCUGUAGAUACACUUUAUACACCUGCUCUUUAUCUUUCUUGCCGGAUGAGUUUUUUUUUUUCCACCCACCCCCCGCCCCGCAGAGGACAGGAAAAAGAAGAGAAAGUGUACAAAAGCAAGCACGCACACGUCGAGGAACGCUGACCGCCAGGAGUUUUUUCUUUGAACGCGACCUGAUGCACUGUGAGCUCAAUGUGAUGUGGCAGUUGUUGUCGAGAAUUAAAAAAAAAAAAAAAAGAUAUAUAUUUAAUGUAAAGUUAGUUACUUAAAAAAAUAUAUAUACUGUAUAACUUAUAUGAAUGUAUUGUCUUGCUAUACUGGACAUAUCCAACCAAUGCAUUUUAAUGUAAAGCAAUAAUGUGAAGAAAAAAAAAUAAAACGGCAAAAUUG